UAUUGUCGCGUUCGCUGCGCCUGUCUGUAGUAUCGAUUCGUACGUGGUAACGUGGUUACGGUACAGUUUAACCGGCUUGCCCGCCAAUAUGAAAAGUGAGGUUAUGUCACACUGUUGUCGUAUAUUUAAAUGAUAAUUUCGGACUGUACAGCAGGGGAUAUUUGUUCGCAAACACGUAGAAUUAAUUAAAGGGAUUGCAAACAAUUUCUAAUACAGUAAUAGCACUUUCACCAUGGAAGUAUCCCCGAUGGGCAACUUGCCUUGCAGCAAGGAUUUAUGGUCCAUAAUAUCGGGCACGACGUGCUGCUGCGCCAAAGAGACCGUCGAGGACGAAAUCAAGAACGCUACUGUUUUUCUCAAGGAAGGACUUUUGUAUUUUAAGCCGUACACAGAUGCAUCGUUGCAGAGUAUCGCUAAAAGGGACCCGCCCCCUCUUCAACAGAUGUACGAUUUAAUCAGUAAACUAGCUCCGUUUCUCAACUUGGACGCCACGAUUACCUGGGAUCUGGUGUGCAAUUUCGUCUCGUACGAGUACAGGAACUGCGCCGAGACCUUCGCGGCCCAGCUCUCCGACCUCACCUCCAUAAGAGCGUUAAUUGACGACAUCUGGAACUUUUAUUAUUCCGAGAGAGUGACUCUGAUAAAAUGCCUCAAGCUCAUGAUCGAGUACAAGGACAACGAGAGGCACCCGCAUCACCGGGAGUUCGCGAAAUUUUUCAACGACGUUCUGAUGGCGAAUCUGCUCGAGUCUAUACGGAAGCAGAUCGAGACGUUGAAGUUCGUGAAUCCGCCGACGCGCUCGCAGUUUUGUACGGAGGAUCAUCUGCACAGGCUGUACAACAGCACUCUCAUCGAGAUGCGCGAGUUGCUUCACAUACUCACCGUGAUUAUGCACGACGUACACAUCGCCGAUCACGAAUUCGCCAAGCUGUACGGAAGUAUCGGGGGUGAGCCCAGACGAUUAGCGAGCACAAAGAGCCACGAAGACAAGGAAGCCAUCACCAAGAAGAUUGAAGAGAUACAGUACAGCCAAAUAGCGUUGCUGCUCGUAGCGUUGGACGUGAGGAAGCAUACUGCCAUGGAGGAUUGGAUAAACAGCGUGAGAAGCCACAUGCAAGAGAUCUUGGAGCAGAAAUGUGUGCGCGAAAGUUCGCCGCAGGACGGGCCGCUGCUUUUGUCGUGGAUGCUGGCGAACUACGCGAUCGAUCCGGAUAACGUGGACGCGUUGAAUCGCUUCAGGCCGUUCGGCGUCAAAGCGAUACAGCUCGACGUGUUCCACUACCUUCGGGACUUAAUGAGCUGCGAAAUGUUCCAAGAGGAAACCCACUAUGCCGAGAUCGUGCAGAGCAGCGUUUAUAAUCUCCUGACUCUGGUGUGCGCCUUCAUCGACGAGGACCGAUUGAGCGCUCUGAACGGUAUCUUCGACGCGAUGGCCGCUACGGUCAAGUUCCCGAAAUCUGCGGCUAGAUUCUGGGACGAACGGGACGACGGCUUAUGGCCGAUCUACAAGGUUGCCGCGGAAUUGUAUCCGUACAAGUUCGAGCCUUUGACCAGCAUAGCCAUUGGCCUGGCAUCCACCACCGUCACGAGUGCUAGGAAGAUCAUCUCGGAGCUGGACAAUUUGCCGUCACUGACCAUUGAGAUCCCUCGCCAGAGGGAUUAUAGUAGGCCGUUACGACCGUACGAGGCGGAAUGCGUGAUCCAGAAGAACUCGUUCACCAUACCGGACAGUUGCACGCGCGAGAGCGUCGCCGUGCUGUCGAGCGACAGGGAGGUGGUGUUGUUCCACACGAAGGCGAGCUACUGGGACGCUCUGCAUCACAAGAUCGAGCAGCUGUUCGCCCUAGCGAGCGGUGGAAUCGCGAACAUCAGCGCGAUGAAGACCGAUCUACCCGAGAACGUUCUUCAGGGUCUGAAACUGUUGGAGGCGCUGCUGGUGAAGGACAUCGAGAUACCGUCAAGCAUGGUCACUUCCACGGAGUUGACCUUCGAAAUAGUCAAUCGUUUCUCGUACCCGGUGCUACCGGCGAACCUGUACCGGAUCGUCGCCGUGUGCAUCAGCAUCUCGUCGAAGUUGGUGCUGCGAUACCCCGAGGACAUCCUCACACGCAUGCGCUCCGGCGUUUAUCCCAAGUUCAACAACUGGUACCAAAAGCCGCUGGACUUCGCGGAGGCGAUCUCCUUCGACGGCGGCCUCGUCGCGUCGUGGCUCUCGGGAAUCGAGACUAUCGAGCACACUUACUCGAUUUUGCGCGCGUACCUGGACACGCUGUACAACUAUCUGAUCGUCAAGCACAGCAAGGAGGCCAUGUACACCGUCGAAAUACCGGGCAUGGUGUUUCUGCUGCAAGCCGUGCUACCCAAGCUGGAUUCUUGGUACUUCGAAUCGAACGCCGAGAGGAUUGACCUGUGGCUGAAGAGCAUGUUCUGCAUCCAUCGGGCUCUCGACUCGUCCUUAUCGAAGAACGAUAUCCGCAACGAGCUGCAGCUCGUCGCGGUGUACAGCUUGCUCUACCUCGAGCCGCGCCACGCGCUGCUGAAAUUGCUGCGGACCGGCGAACGCACGCUGCACAACAAGAUGAUCACGGAGACGGAUUGGAUCAGCGGCAAGGGAUUCAAGACUACCAAAAGCGUGGAGCUGGCACUGUCGAUAGUCAAUCGACUGUUGAUGUUCAGGAAGUCCCUGGGUCUGGAACUGGGUGACAGAUCGCCCCUCGAAAUUGCCUUGUACUCGUCACCGAGAGUGCCGAACGGGCUGCUCAUAGUACCGACCAUCGUAAAUUAUCUGUACGUCUGGUUCAGUCCUUCGCUGCAGAAAAUGGCGGUGCGGCUGCUGAAGAAAUUCGCGGAGGAAUUCUCAAUGUCGCUCCUUGUCUGCAUGGGCAUGGACGGCACGUCCAUACGGGAGACCUUCGCGUUUCGACUGACGCUGCCGACGUGCGCGAUCGAGGUGAAAGUCGCCAUUCUGGAGCUAGUUGCCGUGUGUCUGGAGAAACAGCCCGGUCUGACGGAGGCGCUCUUCAACAUCAUGCAUCAGGCAGAACACAAGAGGAUCUUCCCACGAUCAGCCGAUGAGUUUCUCACGGAGGGCUGCAGUCAGUUCCUCGAUUCAUACUUGGAACGGAUGUACAAGGAGGACGAUAUCGUGUGUGACAAGCUGUACGACAGCACGAUGACCGUGUUGCGCGCGAUGUGGUACCACAGAAACGAGAUCCUCGUCAAUUUCUUCCGGAAGCGUGAGAAAUUCUGGAGUCACCUGUUCGCGCCACUCUUCAAGACUCUGGUGCCGGGCGCGAAGGGUUAUUCGCAAUUGCUGGACGUGAUCACGUUGGAAUUAUACAAGAGCCCGUUGCUGGAGAACAAUUUCUCGAAAAACCUGAAGGAUCUGCUGGACAAGUCCAAGGACUAUUGGAAGAAGUUGGCUAUAUACGUUCUUGGCUCUUGCGCGAGUGGCGACAACGAAGGCGAAAUCGAGGAUAGUACGAAGCGAAGUAAAUUGGAUCCACUGUACGAGGUGAAUUUGGAGUCUUGGUACCACUUUAUCGUGAUGCUCACUGACGACAGAACAGCCAAGAAUUAUCCGAUUAACGUAACGCAAGCGCAUCUUCUCACCCAGCUGGCAUUGGAUUCGUUAUUGGCGCGAGUGAAGGAACCGGAAGAUCCCAGUAGCGGCAAGAUUCCAAUGUUGUUGGCCUCCUUAUCUUUGAGAUGUAUCACCACGUGGAAGCAAAUGUGCGUCGGAGAUUCACGAAUCUUCAAAACCAGACUGUCGCAGCUGACGCAGGAAAUAGCGCAGACCUAUCGCGGCUUUGGCAAGUCGCUGCGGCAAACGUUGAUCUCGUUGCUGCUCGGCUGUGUGCAACUGGUGAAAAGCACCCUGGCCGAGGAUUCGGCAAGCCUCGAGUUUCUCCUGGCGCACUCGUGCACGGUCGCCUCUUACGAGUUAGAGGAGCUGAAAGAGGCCGUGCUGCAGCUGGAACGUCGGAAGCAACGGUUGCCCGUCGAUCGCAAGAGCGAGGAGAAGACCACGCAGAAAAAGGCCGACUGUCACAGCGCGGAGACGCUGCGCGGUAUACGAGAGAGCCUGCCGGCGACGCUCGCUAUCUGCAUGGUGACGCAGUUACUACGCUCGUACGUCGAACGAAAUGCGAGCAUCAAGUACCGUCUGCGGGCCAACUGCGUGCAACUGCGUCAAAUGAUACCAGAACUGAUGGCGUGCGUCGGUUACACGCUGCAGCGGUAUCCGUACAUGAAAUUCAGCGCGGCCGCCCUGAGCCUGCUAGGCGUCAUAUCACGCUCGCCCUACUGUCCGCAUCCCAUCAACGAGAACGACAUCGCAAAACUCUGGCUCAGCCUGAUCCCACCGGCGGACAUCGCCAACAGCAUGCUCGACUCGCUGUACGACGACACGGCGAACGGCCGAUGGCGUUGUCAGGACUGGUGGCCGUUGUACACCCUGGGCCUGGAGUUCCUGAUCGGUCUGGUCACCAGCGAGACGCACAUGGUGUACAUUAACCAGGUGGUCGUCUUCCUGAAUUCGCACGAGCAUCAACUGAUGGUCGUGUCCACGUUGUUAAGGCACACUGCCGACCUGCUGGCCGCCGACUUGAUACAAUCGCUGGUCGCCCUCGUACACGCCGUGGCCACGCAGACGUACGUCUGGAACGCGAUCCAGCCAAGCGUGCGCGAGACUCUCAUCAAGUGCAUGUACCUAGCGUACGACAGCACGGUAAACUUAUUGUUAAGACCGCGGAUCCUCAAGUUUAUCAUCGACGGUAUCAGCAUGGAGAGCGCCGAGGAGCUCGAGUCCUGCGACAAUCGACUGCCGAGCGGCGAGCUGAAGCUGCUAGUGAACAAGCUGAUCGUCAUCAACACUACCUGCGCGCUGAGCUUCGUUCAUUUCUCGCCGAGGCUGAAUACCCUGGUGGACACGAUAUACACGCAGGAUUACUGGUACACACCGAUGGCCGAGAUGAACUUUGGGCCACCGCAGAUGAGCAUGAACUCUGGCCCGCGGCUCACUUACGGCGCGAUCAUCAGCUCGACGCAGCUGUUUACCCAGGCGCUUCACUCGCGCUCGCAGUCAGCUGCCUCGUUGCCCAUUACGGCGCCACCACCCGGUCGGGACGACAAAACGGACUCCGCGAAGAAGGAAUGGGAGCGUGCCGCGCCGGAGAACCUCCGACGCAUGCACACGAGCAAGGACCUGCGUAGGAUCAUCCACGCGGCGUCAGUUUCGACCUCGAGGACGUCGUCCAACAUCGGCGGAGAAUUCCUGGGGUACGUCAGUGGCCUGGACGUCACUGUACCGCUACUCAGCAGCCCCAGGCUCGUACGGCGACCGUACGAUCCGUUAAUAUGCGAGAACACGAUUCUCUCGCGGGCGACCGCCUUGGCGACCGGCCGGCACGUCACGAAGAGCAGCGGAGGCGGGACCGCCGGAGCCGCCGGCAACGGCAGCCCGAUCGUCGCGCGGAAUCACAGAUUCAGCGAUCCGUGGUUCGAGUCCAUGGACGAGAACAACACGCGAUUGGCGCUGGAGAUCAAUCUCAUUCUGAUACUGUCUCAGGCGCUGGAAGGCGUGAAGAGUCCCAGACUCGCGUUGCGGGAUCGUCAGUUGAUCGCACGCGAGACUGCCACGGAACUCGGCGUUUUCUUCGAUUUCCUCGAGCACCGCGGCACUCCCGAUAUCUGGCAGGUGAAGGGCUCCCUGAUAGACGCGGACACGAAGAGCUCGCGGACGAUUCAAGACACGAGCGAUCCGGCGCAGGUGAAUCUGCCGGCGAGGCUGAAGAAGAACAGCACCAUCGACAGGCCACCGGCAUACAUGCCCGAUCACGAGGAUUCCUCGAUAGAGGACAUCGAGGGCGAGAUGGAGGAGAGAAGAUUGGACGAGAGUGUCAUCACCACCGGCGUCUUCGAAACGAACGUGAGCAGUGUACAGUUCUUACCGUUAAUGGGGAAAUUGCUCAAGACGGUUGUGGAAUCGUUGGACUCGGCGCAGUUCCGGUAGUAGCUGUGAAAUUGUCUUGAGAAUACGAAAUAAUAUUUAAUGUACAGUUUAUACUGAAAUGGAAAUUAAAUCCUGGCAUUCCAAUACAUGAGUCGAUGCAGACGUAUGUAUGACACGCUCAAUACGGAAUAUCCCAAGAGCUCUGGUAUCAAGUCUCACCCGCGUCGUGUAAUUUGUCAUUUUUGAAGAAAGAUGUUUGAAAAUGCCGAUUGAGAUAAUCAAUCGUAAGAUAUCGAUCGUGAUAUUUUGAUAUUUUUCCAUACAUUCUCCGCGUGAGAGUUAGUCACGCGGACACAAAGUCGGGAAGUUCCCGUAAAGGAAGAAGAGGAGCAGGAAGAUCGAUGGAAAUAAACAGAACGCGGCAUCGAACGUUUCUAAUUUAGCCUGUACUUUUAUAUUAACACUAUUUAUAAAUGAUUAAACAUAAUGCAAUGUGUGUAUCCA